AUGAGCGCGUGCCGGACUGUGUUUAUACUGAUGCUAUGCGUGUGCGCAUGGACAGCAGAGCUCCGGGACCAGAGCCCGGUUGAGGAGGCUGUGCAACCGGGGACAGAGGAGCAGAGCGGCACGGGGGUCCAGCGUUUCCAGUCCCGCGUGGAGCGGGGGGUCAAAGGCUCGUGGAGGGAGAGGAGCUCCGUGGAUCCGGGGCUCCGCUUUUUCACCCCUGCAGCCCCCACUCCCCCCUCACCCCGGCGCGUGAAUGCGUCGCUUCGCGCUUCGCUGCUGCCCCUUAGUGGGGGGGCUCCGUGGGCACUCGCACUGCUGAUGCUCGCGGUCGCGGUGAUGUGUGUGGGAGUGGGCGCUGCGCUCGCGCUCAUGUGUCUUGUGUGGAACAGUCUGCAACUGCAGAGCGCAUGGAACUGUGUGCUGGCCGCGCAUGCGCUCUGGGACUUCAUUGUGCUGUGCGUUUGCGUGCCUGUGGAGGUUACGCACCAGCUCACGAGCACGCGCAUCUUGCCUGCACUCUCCUGCGGCCUUGCGCCCUUUUUACAGGUGAGCUCGAUGGGCGUGGCCACCUUCAGCCUAUGUGCUUUGAGCAUUGACCGUUUCCAUAGCGCCACAAGCCCUGCCUCCCUGAGCGCGCGGAUGGAGCCGUGCGCCUCUAUCCUGCCCAAAGUCAGCGUGGUGUUUGUGGGUGCGCUGCUGCUGGCCGCGCCCGAGCUGCUGCUGCACCGCGGAGUCAGACUGCCCCUGGAGGAGGGAGGAGGGAACUACACACAGCUGGACGUGUGCCUGCCAGAGCCCGCCCCCGAGCUCCCAUUGGCCGUGCUGUCUCUGGUGCUGACCUAUCAGGAGGCCCGAUGCUGGUGGGUCCUGGGCUGUUACCUGCUCCUCCCCUUGCUCUUUACGCUGUCAUGUGACUUGGUGACACGACGCGUUAUGUCACAGCGAGCCGAGCUGAUUGGACGACAGGAGAGCAGUAGCCGAAGCCCCUCCCCCUCUGACGCUAAGAAGGAUCUGAGCAGAAGCCCCUCCCCCUCGGCAUCUGUAAACAGGAAGCUGGUGGAGCAGGAGGCAAUGCUUCGGUCCGUGAUUUGUGCUCUGAUUGGCCUGUACUGCGCAUGCUCGCUCCCAGAGGCUUUGUGUGAUGUUGCGCUGAUUUAUGCUCCGGCGCUGGGCGUGACCUCUCUGUCUGUGGGCGUGGCCUAUGUGCCUGUGAGCGUGGCCUCCAUGCCUGCACUGCGCCUCAUUGGUCAGUUCUUGCUGUACGUGCGCUGCUCGGCCACGCCCCUGCUCGCGCUAGUGUUCAGCCGCGCUCUGGGACGUGCAUUUGUGCGCUGCUGCUGCUGCUGCUGUGAGGACUGUGGAGAAGCAACCACUGUGAACACGCCCACUCUGUCUCUGGCCACACCCUCCACGCUGUUAGCAACGCCCCUCUCUGCAGUAGCCUCGCCCAUAAGGCAGCAGGGGCGAGGCCUCGGGACGCCCUGCUGA